AUGGACUCUCCAUCAGCGCUACCUCCUCCGCUUCCUCGUCUUAGGGUAUCUCGAACACCUCGAAACAAUUUUGACAGUCCACAGUCAGGUCCAUCACGCCUCUCAGAUCCCAUCGCAAGCAACAGCGUUGAGCUCAAUAUCGGCGACGAGCCUUCGCGGAACUUGCUAUCUUCAUUCUCGAUAAUGGAUACAUCUGCCACUUUACCAGAAGAUACUCCAGCUGCCCGUCUACGUGCUGUCAUGGCCAGACUUCCUCCGCCAUCCUCGUCGUCUACUGCGAUACCAACUCCGCCAUCACCUUCAGAACGAGAGUCUGACUUUGAUCAGCCCCAUUUUGGUUCCUCAAAUGCUAGUGUUGCUCAAGAGAGCAUCAGAAGUAUAUUUUCUCGUGCUCGACGCGACCCAGGAGACACUCCACGAAAAGAUAACAGACCGAGGCGGAAUAGUUUCGAUGCUACUGAGGUGCAAGCUAGCCCUAGGGCCCAAAAAGUGAGGCAAGAGAGAGCAGGUAACAUAGGCAGAAGGCAGAGCAUGAGUGACGAAGAGAUCGAAAGUACGUACCUAUCUUCACGACACUCUCAUAGGUCUGAUCUCUCCGAUGCCGACGUCUUCAGUGCAAAUUCGAAGACCCCACGUGCCUUUGGUUCAAUACGCGAUUCAGCGAACGAUAGCAUUGACACCCAAGCUAUGGUCAACGACCUCGGUAACAACCAGACAACGCCUCCAGCUGCUACAAGCACUCCCCAGCACUCAUUGCAGAUGUCAUUGAACUCCUAUCUCCAAGCUCAGUCAAAUCUGCUAGAUCACGAUUCAGAAAUGCAGCGAGGGCUCCAAGUUUUCGAUAGUGAUGAAGGGGAAUCUCCGAAAGGUACGCAUUAUUUUCUGUUCAUUUACAGUAUAGUAAGGCUUGUUAUAGUUACUUUUUCGACUGCACCUCGAAAGAAACAGCCAGAUCCGCAGGCGACUAUUCGUCCACGUACGGUGGACCGUUCUAAAGCAUCCUCAAACACAAGUCGAAGCCUGACAGAGUUGAAGCGCUCCCAGUCAUUCUCUACCCCCAAACCUGAUCCGCCAAAGUCUCGCGCUAGUCAUUCGUCUUCUCGCUCAACCGAUUCCUCGCAUAAGAAAUCCCUUCACUCUUUCCCAAAGUCAACAGGGUAUUCUGGUUUGGCUAGGCGAGACAGCAUGAAUUCUGUAGACUCUUUUGAUGACCGUGCAACUUCAGAGGGGUCGCACGCAGAUCGUGAGUAUCCAGCAUUCUAA